GAACACGGGUCUACAGCCCACCGGAGUGGAUCCGCUAUGGCCGCUACCAUGGCCACUCAGCGACCAUCUGGUCCCUGGGUGUGCUGCUCUACAACAUGGUCUGCGGAGACAUCCCCUUCGAGCGCGACCAUGACAUCACCCGGGGUCGCCUCUUCUUCCGACGGCGGGUUUCUCUAGAGUGCCAACAUCUCAUCAGGUGGUGCUUGUCCAUGCGCCCAUCAGACAGGCCAUCUUUAGAAGACAUCUUCAACCACACUUGGCUGCAAGGCGCUCAGCUGCCCCAGGAGCCGGCAGAGAUCCACCUGCACAGUUUGAUCCAGGAGCCUGGGAAGUAA